AUGUUGACAUUGUCAGACUGGAUCACCACUCUUUCAUUGGUGUUUGGAGGCUGCUGCAGUAAUGCCAUCACCCUAGAACACAUCACAUCUCGAUACCCGAAUGCAGGCGUCCUGAUCACCUUCUUCCAGUUCCUCAUUGUAUCAUUAUAUGGACUUCCCAAACAAUUUACAUUCAACGACCACUCAGAACCUAAACAUGUAGCAAGUGGUACUGUGUCUGCUCCUACAACACCGCGCAGGAGAUGGAUUCCUCGGCUGAAGAACCGGAAGGUACCUUUGCUACCUUAUUUCGUCCAGGUCGUAUUGUUCUUCGUACUGUCGACUCUCAACAAUGCUGCUUUUGCAUACCACAUCCCCAUGACUGUGCACAUCGUAUUUCGCAGCGGUGGCAUGAUCAUAAACAUGAUGCUGGGAUGGAUAUUCACGAAGAAGCGAUAUACUGUGCGACAAGUGACUUCUGUCGUCGUCGUCACAGCUGGCAUCAUAAUGACAACGCUCUCUGCCUCAAAACCCAAAUCUCGUGCUGCUGAAGUAGACAUACCUGAUGUCUCACUCUACGCAAUGGGCAUAUCCAUCCUUGGCCUUGCCCUCGUCCUCUCAGGUUUCCUUGGACUCAUUCAGGACUGGGUUUAUGCACGAUACGUCGCGCCCGCUGAAGCUAAAGCUUCUUCCGACCCCGCAGGACAAUCUUUGUGGCAGGAACAUAUGUUCUAUCUCCACUCCCUCGCUCUCCCCUUGUUCUACUUCUCCAAAGAUAACAUAUCCACGGAGCUCACACGCAUGGGUUCUAGUCCACCUAUUUUCCUUUCCCUGCCGCAGUCUGGGCCUCUCACACCAUACGAGGCAGGCUUCGUCGUGCCCUCAAUUUUUAUCUACCUCCUCUUCAACACGUGCACGCAGCUCGUGUGUGUCGUAGGAGUCAACAGGCUCACUGGGCGUGUAUCUUCACUAACUGUGACCCUCAUUCUUACUGUGCGCAAGGCCAUUUCGUUAUUGCUGAGCAUCGCAGUCUAUGGAGGACAGGGAAAUACGGAGAUGUGGGUCGGUGCUGGAUUGGUAUUCAUUGGGACUAUCGGAUAUUCGACUGGAAGAAAAUCAAAAGACCAAAAAGAGAAGAGAGAUUAG